AUGAGGCCGUGGUAUAUCGAUCAACCGGAUGUCGAACUGCUACGAAAGUUCAAAUUUAUUCAGAACCAGGAGGAUGAGAGGUUACGUGAGGCGACUAUAGUCACUGCUGAUGUUGAAGUUGAGAAGCGAUGGUCGCUUGGGGUCAGUAUACUGGAAAAGAAUGACGCCAGGAACAGGUAUGUUAAUAUUAUGCCUUAUGAGCGGAAUAGGGUUAAGCUUAAAGUUGUCAAUCCGCGAAUAAAUAACGACUAUAUCAACGCGUCCUAUGUUAAAGUUGACGUGCCCGAGCAGAGCAUGAAUCCAGGUUACUAUAUUGCCACUCAGGGGCCCACUAAGAAUACAUGGCAGCAAUUUUGGCAGAUGUGCUACAACGAGUGCAACCAUGGAGAUAUCGUGAUAGUAAUGGUGACUCCGCUGGUGGAAUACAACCGCGAGAAAUGUUACAAGUACUGGCCAUCCUCUCCGAAAGAAGGCAUCUUCGUUUCACCCAAAUUGCAGAACCCAAGUGGUCUUGAUGGUGACGUAUCCGAGUUUCGCGAUGAACUAAGCAUAGAGUAUAUAGACAGUGAGCGCAUUGAUGAUACGUAUACAUACACAAAGUUGAAGAUCGUAAGUCAGGGUGGGUCUGAGAAGAAUGUUCAUCACUUCUAUUUUGACCAGUGGCGCGAUAUGAGUAAGCCUGAGGAGAUUGUUCCUAUAAUGAAACUAUGUGAGCAUUCACAUGGCUUGAAUCCUCGUGGAAACCCCAUAAUUGUACACUGUUCUGCGGGUGUUGGGAGGUCAGGUACCUUUAUCGCUUUAGACCAUUUAGUACAUGAUACUCACGACUUCAAGAAUGUUUCAGAAUUUCCCACUAUUCAACAGUUGAGGAAACCACUUGCUGAUUACAAAAGGGACCUUAUUGAGCAGAUAGUGUUGCAACUUCGAUCUCAACGCAUGAAAAUGGUUCAGAUGAAAGACCAGUACAUAUUUAUCUAUCAUGCAGCAAAGUACCUGUAUGAUAUGAUAGCUUGA